CGGAGGUCUAACCUGCCAUUGAGAAACAUGGGCCAGAGCAUGGCCUCUAGUGUCAUUUCAUCCCAGAGUAAGACCUUUUCCAGUGUGACUGAAGUGCUGCAGAUGUGUGCUGAUGAUGCAGAGGAGACUCUAUACCAGCUAGGAUUUGGCUGUGAGGAGCCGCAGGUUACCGCCCGCAUCCCGGCUCGUUUUUUUAACUUCCCUUCAAAGCUCAAAGGUAUCAACUUCCGUCUGUUUCUCGAGUCCCAGCUCCAGCGCAUACGUGAAGAGGACCCCAACCUUUCACUCGCAAGUCGUUUCCGUCAAGUGGAGGUAUUAACAGCCAUGGCCAAUGCUUUCUACUCUCUUUACUCCCAUGUGUCUCGAACGCCAGUUCAAAAGCUGGCACCACCCGAGUUCAGCUUUUCGUCGCCCACUGUGGAGCGAAGCAUAGGCCAGCGUUUUUUCAGCACAGUCCGCAACGAACCCCGUUCUCCAGUGGAGCGGCUCAAGGACACAGUAUCAAAGAUGUGCUUAUACACUGGUUCACGUGGCUCAGAAUCAGGCUCUCCAAGCUGUUCUCCAAGGAAAAGAAACAGCCUACCAGAUGUGGUUGAAAUAGUAAUGGGGAAUGUAAGGGGAGAAGGUAGUCAUGACCGAAGGAGAGGAGCAUUGCUCCAGGACCAAGCAGGGGCCAUCAGCACGGCCCAGAGGACUGAAGACGUAAAGAUGCCCCUGCUUUCUGAAUUGAAACCUGCUGAGAAGGUGAGCGAGCAUGAGAAUAUUAAUGAUGCACACAAGAAGAGGAUCCAGCGCUGGUCCCAGUCUGGGCAGAGAGAAAGUCCCAGAGCAAAGGCUUGUUUGUUUAGAUUUGAACAGGCAGCAGUGGAAUCUAUGCAGAGUCACAAAUCAAAAUGUGACACAGACGGAGAUAAAGGGUUCAACGAUUCUUCUUCUUCUACUGGGGCAAAGACACCAGUUAUCCAUGAUGCCAGUUGCCCACAGGUAAUAGAUUUUGUUCACCAGACACCUUGCAGUUGCCCACAGAGAGUCAGCAUGGCUACAUUGGGCACGCCUCCAGCUACCCAAAUUCAACAAAUAGACUCGUCUCUUAGAACAUUUGAGUGUAAUCAAGAGACGGUCAUCCCUGAUACCCAACCAGAGAUUUGCCUCCUACCAGUGAGUCAGGAUGAGUUUUCAGAAAAACUACCAUUAACUUUAAAGAUUUCACAACAUAAUCUGGUGACACAAGGGUCAACAUGUCAGAUCACGGUCACUGGAUGGGAGGAUGAUGCCCCUGUAUCCCACAGAGACUUUGUUGAGGACUUUAUGCAACCUAUGUACUCUGAUAGCACUGCACACCAGCAGCUCCUGAGCCCUGUCAAAUCCUCAUCCAGCCAGAUCAAUGACGUCCCCAAGCAGGCCAACUCCUUCGAGCUGGAGGAGAAAUGA